UUUAGAUAUGUCAUACGGCCCUCAGCUUCCUGCAUUUCUCAUGAAAGGUCAAAUAAAAGAGAAUGAAGUGGAUGACGAAGCAGAAGAAGGCGCUCCCCAAGUCUACGGCCCUGUAAUUCCAGGAAUGGAAGAACCAAAAAAUGAAAAAGAAAAGCACGAUGAUCAGGAAGAGACAAGUGUAUUUGGACCUUCCAUACCAAAAGAAGUUAGAGAAAAAUUACAAAACGUAGAAAACCCCGCUGAAGACGACGAGGAGGAUGAAGAAUUUCCUUCACAAUCCUAUGGUCCAUCGAUUCCUUCAAACUUUCGUCCUACCGUUGGUCCUUCAAUUCCAGGAACUUUUGGUGAUGAUUCUGAUGAAGACAUUGGCCCAAUGCCAGUUGCAAAAGGGGAUGAAGAGAAAGAAGCAAUUGAUCGAGCAUAUCGGAUGGUAUUACAAAAAGAAGCAGAAGACGAUGAAAAGAAUUUCCAACCAAAACGCGAAGAAUGGAUGACAUCAGUGCCGAAAAAACUAGGAAAUUUCGGUCUUGGCGCGCGAACUUUCAAAAAAGGAACCACAUCAGAAAGGGAUGCUUCUUGGGAAGAUGCUCCAGGAGCUAAGAAAAGAAGAAAUGAGGAGACAAGAAGUGCGAGAUCUGUUGGAAUUGCUGCUGCUGAUGCUAGACAAGCUGCUAUUGUCGCGGAAAAGACAUCUGGACCCUCUCUUCUAGAAAUUCAUCAAAAAAAGAGAGAUGAAAAAGUUAAAGACGCGGGCUAUGCACAAGGAGAACGCCGUCCGUUUGAUCGAGAAAAAGACAUGGAAGUCCGUGGAUUGAAACCAGGUGGCAGCAAGGAAGCUGUCGAUCGAAUGAAAGAAUUUGCUGAUCGAUUCGCGAAUAGUAAAGAUCAGCGGUUUCUAUGAAUAUUUUGUUUGUUGAUCUAACUUCGUACUACAUAAAUUUUCAUUUAUUU